AUGGCUGAAGCACAAAACGAAGCACCGACGCUCUCUCCCAGUACAACAAACGACAGUAACCUUUCUGAUUCUCUAUUUAAGAACGGUUCCGACUUUAAAUGGGACGGCACAUUUGAAAAGUUGAAAAGUUUCGUCAAAACAACGCUUUCACUGAACGGUAUCUGGUCGUCUCCAAAGGCAAAUACUGAGAAGUUUACCACAAAGUCUAAAAUGAAUCAUUUCUCAAUCACGAUAACGUUUCACAGCACUACAAAGACACUUCAAAUUCAAGGGAAGAAGAAAGAUAGCGAAACGCUCAAAAAACACUUGCUGAAAUUGGUGAUGGCCAAAAAUCCUCGGGAACCAGCUAACGACGAAUGUUCUCGUGAAUGUUCUCUUGUAGUACAAAGUGUUGGUACCAGGUUAGUGGUUCUGAUUCUUCGGUUAAUGAUUGUACUACUGCUAAACAACACCGCAUGUGCAGAUAAGGUAGCUCGUAGUAUCACGCAAUUAAAAGAGUCAAAGAAUCCCAACAAUUUAUUGUUAAUAGCUCACCGGGUUCCAAUUGUCCUGGACGAUACUGGGAAAUACUAUUUUAAUUAUUUAAUUAGCUGUUAUACGGAAUAAAUUAAUUAAUUGGUCAAAGAUUAACCCGAAUGCGCACGCAAGGCAAGACAAAAAGGACAAUGAACAAUUGUGUGGUGUGAUACAUGUUAUUUGUUUUAACUUGAGCACAUUGAUAGGCGUCAAAGUGGGAUUAAAUAAUGGGAAACGGUUAAGACAACGCGCCAGUAUUCCAUGGAAGAGAAAUUAACUAAUUGUUUUACUGUAAAACUAUAUACUUCAAACUUUAUCUAAAAGAUAUCCAAAAUCGUUUGAGAGUAUAUGUGAAACCUCUUGAAACGCCCUGUAUUUGCUAACUCCGUCACUACCACAUACGAGCCAGGGUUGUACGAAGGCUGGAUAGCGCUAUCCACGGGAGAAUGAUUUUUUUAAUUAACCGUUGCAAAUAGUACUUCAAACACUCAUUAAUAAUUCAUAAGCUUAUUGGCAAAUCAUGCCAACCAUAAUAUGUCACGUGCAGUGGCUUUAAACCUGAUAAAACACUCUUAAUUAGUAUUCUUUAUAUAAAGAAUACUAAUAAGGCAGUAUCUAUUGUUGUCGUGUCGUCAUUAGUAUUCUUUAUAUAAAGAAUACUAAUAAGGCAGUAUAACUAUUGAAUUUGUAGUCGUGUUUGAAGCCGUUUAAUAAACUCGCAAACCUAAUAAAACACCCCUGCUCGUUUAUUAAACAGUACUUAAAAUACUCAUUAAAAAUUCAUAAGCCUUGUGGCAAAUCAUGUCAGCCAUAAUGUGUUACGUGGAGUGACUUUAUAUAUGAUAAAACUCAUCUUCAUUAGUAUUCUUUAUAUACUUGUUUAUCCUAAUUAGUAUGAUCAUAUAAUUAGUAAUUAGUAUUCUUUUGUAGUCGUAUUUUAAGCUAUUUAAAACACUCGUUGUUGUGUUUUAUCAGAUAUAAAACGCUCGGCUACGCCUCGCGUUUAAUAUCUGAUAAAACACUCCUACUCGUGUUUUAAAUAGUACUUAAAAAGUUAUAAAAUUACCGAUAUGGACCUCACAACUGAUAAAAGAAACUUCAAUCUAUAAAUAUUAAAGUCUAAAGUCGGUUUUCCACUUGCGAUUUUUUUCGCGCGAAGCCAAUUUUUCUUUUGUCUUUAUCCAAUUAGUGCCAGAUGAUUCCAGUUGAGAGACCAAUGACAAAUGAAAAAUUCGCUUCGCGCGAAAAAAUUCGCAAGUGGAAAACCGGCCUAAUGUUGGUUCUACCAAUAGGAUUAUUCGAGGAAGCUCAUGCAUGCAGAAUACAGUUUCCUAGUAGCGUUAUCUCUUUUACCCGUAAAAAUGUAAUUUAAACCUAACAAUGACUGUAAUUUCCGUUUUUCCUAUAAACGCACAAUUCUUUUUAGUUACGCCAGGGCCCAAUGCAUAAAUAACGUCGUAUUUUAGGAUAGCAUGAAUAUGCACGAAAUAUUUUCGCAGUCUUAACCAGAAAUGUAUAUUUUAUUAAUUUAGUAGCAGCAGUGAAAUCGAAAGCUUGGACGGAGAUGAAAAUAAAUGUAACGGUCAGUGCAGUGAAAUUUACCCCAUUCAAAAUGAACAUAUCAAACAACGUGUGGGAAUCCUUGGAUCAAAGGAUCAGUUCUGCGCUGCCUUCUACCACGUUCAUAAAUGGGGUACUAGAAAGCGUUUCUGUCUCGAUAAGGAUAACUGCAUCAUCGCUCAGAAAAAAAAGAAGCGUAUCAAGAACUUCGAAGAUGAUGUGAAGAAAUUUGGCGGGAAAGCAAAGAAAUGUGUGAAAGAAUCAGACCAACUUGUCACGGAAUUAAAGGAAUUAGCCAAGAAACCAAAAAGAUCUUACCAGGAGGCAAACGAAGAAUUUGUCGAGAGAGCAAUCCAAUUUGCCCAGAAAGCCGAAAAACCACCUGACGAGAAGACACUCGAGCAAUUUCGCAAGACAGCACGCAAAGCUGUCUACGCAUGGUGUGUACAAGCCAAAACAGUAGUCGCCGUUGUAAAAUUCGAAAAAGAUAAAAACAUUCUAUAUGAAGCAAGAUACACCAACUGCGGCGAAGAGCAAAAGCAGAAGCAUGCCGAAGAUUUCUUUAAAGAAGACAUAGAAAAGGGAGAGUUGGGAAAGAAAGUGGAAGCCAACCCAAAUGGGACUAUAACCUUGUACCUUACAAUUCAGCCGUGCAACAAGUCCACAAGUAUUAAAGGAACAGCAAACACUCCGGCCGAAAAAACCUGUUGCAAAACACUUACAACCAUCGUUAACAAAAUACUGCCGCCAGAGAUAAAGUUGUGCGUUAAAGCAGCCAACACAUGUCGAUUAAGUCUAACAAAAGAAAAAGACCCAGAUGAUGAGACACUGCGAAAGAAUGCUGUAGAUGGAAUAAAAAUGUUAAUGCAAGUUGGUGUAGAUGUCAGCGGCAUGACAAAGGAAGAUUGGGACUAUCUUCUUGCCAUGACCAAUCCCGAUGUCCCACGACAGUAUGAUGCGCGUCGCAAAGAUUUAGAUAAAAGUGUUCAGGAAACUUUCACUGGUGUAAAAGAUCAACUUAAAAAACAAUCAAGGACAAAAAAAUCUUGACAAUCCUUAUUAUAAACACUAAUCAAUAUAUUAGUAUACUUAAUCUUCACAGAAACUCGAUCUUGCUUGUUUGCAAAACGAUGUCGAACUAAAUGCAUUUCUAAUUUGAAGAAUUAACAUUGUUUAUUUUCCACUGUCAGCUAGUUAAUUCAUCAUGACAACUUUGUAG